GGCGUGACAUCCCUAUAUAUAUAAAUCCCCGCGCUGACAACGUAUUACGACCAAAUACCGUUCUAGUCAUGUUACUGAAAGAGGUUAUUACUUUUGCAUGUGCAAUAUUCUCUUGUACAACAGGAGCUACCCAGGUGAUCACUGCAGAUUAUGCAGAAUGCCCUCCAAAGCCUCACUGUUCUAACUCAGGCUCACCCAACUGCCGGGCAUCUCUCGUGUACGAAAAAAUAGGAACAAACGUGUGUGCCGUCAGAUGCGAAACUAAGUGCGACAGCCGGUGCCCGCCUCUACCCCAAUGUCCAGAACCCAGAGAAGGCUGCAGCCCAAUGUACAAGUACUCUCACAUCAGAUCAGACAAGGUCUGUCCAACAAGAUGUGAACUCAAGUGCGAGUGCCCCGUCCCCCCUACCUGCCCUCCUGCCCCAUCGGCAGACUGUGUUACUAUAAAUAGAAAUAAGAUUAUCGACAACACGGAAUGUCCGUUCGGAUGCAUUCACCAGUGUUGUAAAAAGGAGGUCAAAUGUCCCAAGCCAGACCCGGCUAAUCCUUAUUGUGUCUCCACAUACACACAGUACAAGACAAUCAAUGGAAAGAAGUGUCCAAUCAGCUGUUUCUGUGUACCUGAUGUUUCAGUCGCCACAUUUAAGAAACGAUAAAGUACGAACCUCAUGAAGGCGGAUUUCUCUUGCUGUUGCUGUAUUCAUUGAAAUUAUAGGGCUAAUAUUUAAUUGAUAAAUAAAGAAUUGAAAUAUCUAA